GCUUUUAUUCACACCUCAGUAGAAUACAAAAAAUGUUACGCGCACGUUUAUUUCGCUUCGUGCUGAAUAAUUCUUAUUACAACUCGCUCAUUGUGGGUUUACUGCCAGCUCCACUAUAUGGAAGAACUCUUGAGUUUCGGGUCACACCUUGUUAUCUCGUGUACAGCGCUUUUGCGCAUAUUUUCUGUGUAAUUGCCACAACUUACGCGGGCUACUACUACUUCAGCAGAGGCUUCUUGACAAACGAUCCAAUAUUGCAGUGGACCUACAGCGUUACACAUCUGACGAAGAAUCUCUUCAUGGUAGUGCUCGUCAAAGAGAUAUGGUGCAAAAGAGAACUCAUAAAGUUGGCGUAUAUAGAUUAUUGUGCGCUGGAAACUCGGCUUAAGGCAUUCACUGAAGCUGCAAGUGGACCAAUUGACGGGAAUGUCGAGAAAAAGAGUGAGCUUGAUAGGACAACCAUCGAGCACCGCGUAGCAAAUCUCAUUAUUUUAAAAUUCUGCCUCGCUUAUGUUCUUGUUAUAAUGAAUGCUUAUAAUUUCUUGACUCAGCACCCGGGCACUGAUGCCCGGUACAUUUCGAUCACAUUUAUCUCAUUUGCGUUGAACACUUUUAUGCUAACCGUCUCGGGAAAUUUCUUCUAUAUAUUCAGUCAACUCUACAGACAGUUUUCUCAGAUAAAUUCACAGCUAAAAGCAAUCUUCGAGCAACUGCAAUGUCCAAUGUCUUGUAAAUCUGUAGAUGAAGAGUUUGCUAGUCAUAUAAACAAUCUGGCUAUGCUACACCUCACUGGCUAUCGUCUGACGCAACGCAUAUUCAAAAUCGUCGAGCUGACAUUGGCUGCCCUGCUACUGCGCCUGUUCACGGCCAAUAUGCGUACGGUAUAUGGUGCUUGUCUCCUCCUCAGCCAGAAUCAGACAAGGAACUUGUGGUUGCAGACCAACGAACUGUUCUUCACUGCCGUCUUCUUUGGAGAUACGGCAAUGGCUAUGGGUAUGCUGGAUGCAGUGCUGGUAAAAUACAAUCGUACCGGACAGUUACUGAGAAAACACGUCGCGCUCCUUGAUACCUGUGACAGCAUUAGCUUGAGAAAAGUGUUGGACACAUUUGCCUUACAACUAAGUUGUCACAAACUUCGCUACAUGCUAUGUGGUCUCUUCGAGUUCAAUAAAGAAGCUUCGCUGCAAUUCUUUUUGCUUGUAUUGGUAAAGACGACCGUGUUAGUGCAAUUUGACAUGCAAAAUAAGUUAAGAAUAAAUAAAAAUUAA